AUGGCGAAGGCACUUUUCAUUUUUAGACAAUUGUUCGCCACCACACUGGGCAAACCGAAGGUCAAGAAAAUUGACGCCUUUAACGGCCUGGCGAAGCACCUCAUUGGGAACACUAAAAAUGAAGCGCUUCGUGAAGUGGAGCUUACCGGCCAGAAUAUGCAGCAGCGUUGGAGAACCUACAUGUGUCGCUUCAAGAAGACGUUGAACGCCAACCACACCGAAACGGGGUUGGACAUUACCCGACGCGAGCUUGCUCGAGGAAUGCCCAUUCCUCAAAAAUUGGAGCAGAUGUGCCCUUACUACAGUAGAAUGAAAGUUCUAAUUGACCUAAAGCCAAACAUUGCGCCCUCCGCUACACUGGAGCUUGCGAACGCCGCGCCUGCGUCCCCUAUUUCAUCCGACGUGAGCACGAUCCAAACAGCAACUGAGAUGUCUUCAGCUACACAUGAUCGCGUGGCUUCAUCCGACGCGAUGUCUACAGGAGAUACUCAGCAGCGACGUUCAGCUGCACGCACCGGAACAGCGCCAGGAGGAUCAGGUAAUAAACGGGAGCGUGUCGCUCCAGCUGAAAAACUUAAGUGCAAGAGCUCCAAAACGGAAGGAAGGAAGCAAAACAAAAGCUCUACGACGGCUUCGGAUACGCGGAUGUCUCUCUCGACAGCUUAUGCGCGUAACGCAGAAGCAAAAGUCGACUAUCUGAACAAAAAGCUCGUCGAGGAGCGCCGCCAGUGA